AUGCCAUUUACUGAAAUCUUUGUCGUCGAGCAAAACCAAAUUACUGGACAAUUGCCGGUUUCAAUAUCAAAUUCCUCAAAUCUUAUGGAUUUUGAUGUUUCAACAAACAAACUUAGUGGAAACUUGCCCUCAUUUGGAAGCUGGAUAAACUAUCAUGAUUUUUGGUAUACGACAACCAUUUUGGAAAUGGGGAAGCAACUGGGAUUCAAAAUGUUCAUCAAUUUGGAGUUGCUAGAGUCAUCACACAACCUGCUAUCAGGUUCCAUUCCCCUUGUUAUUGGGAGGCUACAGAAGUUGAAAAUAUUUUAUGCUGGUCGUAAUUAUUUUCUCUCAGGGGCUAUUCCCCCUUCUAUUGGAAAUUUGACAAUGUUAAUAGAACUUGUUUUAGAUGGUAACAAUAUUCAAGGAAACAUUCCUUCAAGUCUAGACUUACCAUCGAACCAUUUAACUGGUGUACUUCCUGAUGAAAUAGGAAAUCUGAAAAAUCUGGGUGGAUUGUCUGUUUCUCGAAACAAGUUAUCUGGUUCGCUUCCAAACAAUCUGGGUAGCUGUUAUUUAAAUUUAUCUUUCAAUGAUUUCGAGGGCAUGAUACCAAGUGAAGGAGUCUUCAAGAAUGCAACUGCUACAUUCGUUGAUGGAAAUAGUAAGCUUUGUCGAGGUAUCCCCCCGUUACACUUGUCCAGAUGUAGCUCGUACACGUCCACCAAAAGAUCAAACAUUUCUCUUCAAUUAAAAAUUGCUGUUGCUUUUGUAAUUUUAGAAGUGGCUUUGGUAUUCUCUUUUUCCCUCAUUUUGUGGUUUAGAAAUAAGAAAGAGCAGCCAACAGCAACUUGUGCAGAAAAUUCACUUUUAUCAUAUCGAAGCAUCCUAAAGCCUACUGACGGAUUCUCCUCCCAAAAUUUGGUUGGUUCAGGCAGCUUUGGUUCUGUACACAAAGGAAUUCUUCAAGAGAGUGGAGUAGUUAUUGCCGUUAAGGUACUCAAUCUUCUGAAUCGUAGUGCUUCCAGGAGUUUCUUAGCUGAAUGUGAAGCCUUGAAGAACAUUAGACAUCGGAAUCUUGUCAAGGUAUUAACUGCUAUUUCAGGUGUCGAUUAUCAGGGCAAUGAUUUUAAAGCACUGGUAUAUGAGUUCAUUGAAAAUGGAAGUUUGGAGGAUUGGUUGCAUCCAUCUGCUGACAGGCUUAACCAUUUUUCUAAUCAGUCAAGCUCUCUUGGAUUAAGAGGAACUAUUGGUUAUGCUCCACCAGAAUAUGGCAUAGGAAACGAGUUGUCAACAAAAGGUGAUGUGUAUAGCUAUGGCAUUCUCUUGCUAGAGAUGUUUAAGACGAGAAGGCCGACUGAUGAAAUGUUCAAAGAAGGUUUCAGCCUUUACAAAUUUGUUAUGGCUGCUUUGCCAGAACGGGUGGCUGAGAUUAUAGAUCCCAUUUUUCUGCAGGAGGGAGUCAGAGGAGAAAUUGAUAGACAUCUUCAAUGCUGGAUUUCAAUAUUUGAAAUAGGACUCACUUGCUCAGCUGAAUCACCGAGUGAGCGGAUGAACAUGAGUAACGUUGUUGCCAAGCUUUGUUCUAUUAGAGACAAGAUUCAUCCAACCCGAAUACGUCAUGAGGGCCAAACUCUAUAUGCUGGUCAAUCAGCAGGACUUCCAAUUUCUGCUAAAAACAUUUUCUUAGAGAAAAGAAAAUAA